GGAAACAGUCGCGCGGCGAUGACGUCUCGGGGGCCUGGCCGGGCGUCGCGGACUCCGGAGAUGGAGGAAAAGGAGCAAUUACGGCGACAGAUCCGUCUCCUGCAGGGUCUGAUUGACGACUACAAAAACCUGCACGGCACCGCCGCCCCGGCCGCGAGCACCGCAGCCGCUUCCCGCUGGCCGCCCCCGGCUUACGGCAGCAGCCGGGCCUUCGGCACCGGCUACCCCCGGCCCGGCCAGAGGGGCUUCUCUCGGAGCUGCGGGCCUGCGUGGCGCAAGAAAUACUCCCUCGUGAAUCGGCCCCCCAGAGCCCCAGAGCCGCCCGGUGACUGUGCCGCGCAGCCGCCCCUCAGGGCUGGGGGCAGCCAGGGUCCUGACACCCCGCAGCCUGUCCUGGAGAGGCAGGUCCAGCUGAGUUCAGAUCAGAACAUGGUCAUCAAAAUCAAGCCACCAUCCAAACCGGGCACAGCCAGCGCUGCAGGGGGCUGUCGGGGUUCCCGGGAAGACUGUGAGGACUCCCCCUGGAGUGGCCACAGGCCUCAGGAGGGCGAGGGCGAGCCCCCUGGUGGGCAGCGGCAGCCCUCGAGGCCAGGAAGAGCCAAGGGGAGCUGCGGUACAGAGGACCCGCUUCUGGUCUGCCAGAAGGAGCCUGGCAAGCCUCGGGUGGUAAAGUCUGUGAGCAGCGCGAGCGACGGCCGCUCGGAGCCCUGGCGCACCGUCAGUGAGAGCGCAGUCGCGGGCAAGGCGCGCUUCCCGUCCUCCACCCUGGCCCAGCGCGGCGGCGCGCCUCUGGGCCGGAAGGCGGGCUCACACUCUGGGGCCGGCAGUGGUGCCCAGCUCCUUGGAGACGGGAGCGCGAACGCUGGCCUCCCAGAUCAGCCCGCCGCGGGCUUGGUGACGGGCUCAGCCAGGCCAGCUUCCGGACCCAGGCAGGCCCGGGAGGCCUCGCUGCUCCUGUCCUGUCGAACCAGCAAGUUCCGGAAAAACAGCUACAAGUGGGUGGCUGCUUCAGUAAGGAGCCCGCGGGCCACGCGCAGGGCCCUCAGUCCCAGAGCAGCCUCGGAGGCGGCGGGCAAGGCCCCCUGCGGCCCAGCGGGACAGGCGGAGAAGCCGCAGCUCAGGGCCGCUGCGGAUGCCAAGCCCAGGCGGCCGGCUGCGUCCUCCGCGCUUGGGGCCUGCCCCAGCAAGUACAAGUGGAAGGCUUCCAGCCCCUCGGCCUCCUCCUCCUCCUCCUUUCGUUGGCAUUCGGAAACUGGCAGCAAGGACCAUGCCUCCCAUCUCCCUCCAGUCCCAUCUAGGUCCCCCCCAGGGGACAGACCAGCAGUGGGACCCAGCAGUUUGAAGCCCCUCUUCAGCGAGACCCCACUCUCGGCUUACAAAGUGAAGAGCCGCACCAAGAUCAUCCGGAGGCGGGGAGGUGCUAGCCUUCCUGGCGACAAGAAGAACACAGCCCUGCUCACUGCCACUGCCAAGAGCCAGCUGAGUCUGCGGCGGAGGCAGGCCCUCCGGGGGAAGGGCAGCCCCGUCCUGAAGAAGGCCCCCGGCAAGGGCCUGACGCAGGUCACCAGGCACCGGCUGUGCCGCGCGCCUCCCGGCCGGGCCCACCCCCCCACCAAGGAAGCAUCCAGCGUGCACACCGUGCGGACCCCUCCCACCAGCAAAGUGAUCAAGACCCGCUACCGCAUCGUCAAGAAGACCCCGGUGUCUCCUCUCAACGCCCCCCAGUUGCCCCUGUCCCUGCCCUCUUGGCGGUCGCGGCGGCUCUCACUGUCCAGGUCUCUGGUGCUGAACCGCCUGCGCCCCGUGGCGGGGGGAGGGAAAGCCCAGCCCAGCCCCCCUCGGUGGCGGAACAGAGGCUACCGCUGCAUCGGGGGGGUCCUCUACAAGGUGUCGGCCAACAAGCUCUCCAAGACCUGCGGCCGGCCUGGCGGCGACGGCACCACCAGGCCCCUCGUGCGCGCAGUGCUCGCAGAGCCCCUGGAGCCAUCCCUGUUGACCCCGCCGGGGCGGCCGGAGCAGCCCCGGCACGGGUGGGGAGGCCUCGCAGCCCUCGCGUCCCCUGGGGAGAGCCGCGCGCGCACUGCCUCUCGCACGGCCGAGCGGGCCCUGAUUUUCCGCGUUUCGCUCCCGGACAAAGGAGAUGAGCCAGUUUCCCUAUCCCUUUCCACCAUGGCCUCGGCUCGCUCAGUGGAGGAGCAGGUACAGAGCACUGGCUGGGCCUCCGAGGGCCAAGGUGGGAGGAGAGGCACCGAAGGUGGAGAGGAAGAGGCAGGUCUGUACCACGUGGCCGCUGCUCGGGGGAGGGAACGAAGAGGCGAGCCAGAGUCCCUGGUAGACCCCGGGCCACCACCGUGUGAGGCAGAGCUGGAGCCAGAGCUUGCCAAGGACCCCCCUGCACUCCCCCUGCCUCCUCCGGCCGCCAGGACCCCCGACGCCUUGCUGUGGGGAAGGUGUGUGGGCACCAUGUGCCACCUGGACCGGCCUCCAGUGUGUACCCCGGGAUCGGUGUCCCCAGCUGGGAACCAGGACUCCGCCUGCACCCCACAUCCGCACAGGUUUCUCCGGGGCACGUGCAAGAAGACAGACGGGACGUGCCCCUUCUCCCACCACGUGUCCAAGGAGAAGAUGCCCGUGUGCUCGUACUUCCUGAAGGGGAUUUGCAGCAACAGCAACUGUCCGUAUAGCCACGUCUACGUGUCCCGGAAGGCGGAGGUCUGCACGGACUUUCUCAAAGGCUACUGCCCACUAGGCGCAAAGUGCAAGAAGAAGCACACGCUGCUGUGCCCCGACUUCUCCCGCAAGGGCGCCUGCCCCCGGGGCGCCCAGUGCCAGCUGCUGCACCGCUCCCGGAAGCGCCUUGGCCGGCGGGUGGCCGCGGCCGCAGCCCCAGCCCCGGAGCCCAGCGGCACGCCGCCCAGGAGCAAGGCCUCCUCCAGCCAUGGAGCCAGGAAGUCCUCGGCCGCCCAGCGGCCCCCCAGACAGACGCCCAGCUCCCCCUCGUCCGUGUCCACGGCUGCCUGCUCCGCCUCCCCUCCCUCCUCCCCAGGGGUGUUAGCUGCGGCCUCAGGCUCUCCCCUACUCUCCCCCAGGCCCUUGAACUGGGACUACGAGCCCCGGCCCAGCGGCCCCACUCCCUCCGGAAGCCGUGGGAGGGAUCACACUGGCUUGGCUGCAGGGGCCAGGCUGUCCCUGACCCUCUAG